UUGAAUGAGAUGAGAUUUAAUAAGAGAAGAAAACCUGAACUAAUAAACAGCAUCUCUCAAACUUUUAAUCCUGACAAAUUCAACUUUACAAAAGUACACAGAAAAGAGGUAUUGUUUGCACUGUGUCCAAAGCACUUUCCAAGGAAAAGUACGGUAGAUGAUGAUGAUGAACAACAUCUUUUGUUAAUAAAUGUCAGUCCUAUGGAGUAUGGGCAUUGUCUGUUGAUCCCAAGUGUCCUGUCAUGUUUACCACAGGUGCUCACUGAGGAGGCAUUGGUACUUGCUCUUGAGACAUCCAUGCUUAGUAAUCACAGGUAGAUGGAAAUUAAUUUUAUUUUACACAAAUCUUUAAGAAGAAUUGUAGUAGUUUUUAUAA